UGAAUCUGUUCGUCCCUCAAUUUCAAAGCCAUGCAUAGCUUAUGGAAGGGAUGCAAGUUCUUCUCCCCUCGAUCUUCCUCUACCUCUCAAAAUCUUCAAUUCCUUUCCUUCUCUUCAUUUCUUCAAAUCAAAUCGCUCUCUCCCUCCGCUGCAUCUGACCCUCUCCGCUGCUCUUCCUCCUUCUUAAUCUCUCAGGUAAUUAAAUACGCCACCACCCACAAAGCCACCCAACAAAUUCGCUCUUUCAUUAUCACUUCCGGGUUACUUCUCAAUGCCACCGCCAAUUUCAUUCUUCUAUGCAACACACUACUCCAUUGUUACCCACUCUACCAGCCCCUUCGCCAAUUUCCUCGUAUUCCUCCCUCCUAUGACACUUUCGCCUAUUCCUUCCUUCUCCAUUCUUGCGCCGAUUUGGAGCUCAUCGGACCUGGGUUUCAACUCCACGCUCUCACUUUCAAGCUAGGUUUUCCUUCCCAUGUUUAUGUUCAAACUGCAGUUCUACGUAUGUAUGCCGCUUCUGGGUUUUUGCUUGAUGCUAUGAAGGUGUUCGACGAAAUGCCUGACCGAAGCUCUGUUACUUGGAAUGUGUUGAUUACUGGUUUGGUUAAAUUUGGUGAGCUUAAACGGGCUCGGGAUGUCUUUGAUCAGAUGCCGAUGCGGACUGUUGUGUCUUGGACUGCUAUCAUUGAUGGGUAUACUCGUUUAAAUAGGCAUGAAGAAGCUGCGGGUUUGUUUUGGAGAAUGGUGGCCCAUUUUGGUAUGGAGCCUAAUGAAGUAACGCUUUUAACUAUCUUCCCUGCCAUUUCGAAUCUUGGGGCUCUUAAACUUUGUCAAUCUGUUCAUGCUUACGCAGAGAAGAAAGGGUUUAAGGUAUCUGAUGUACGCAUUGCUAAUUCAUUGAUUGAUUGUUAUGCGAAAUGUGGUUGUAUUAAUAGUGCAUCAAAGGUGUUUGAAGAAAUGUCAGCUGAAAUAAAAAAUUUGGUUUCUUGGACGUCGAUAAUCUCUGGAUUCACAAUGCACGGGAUGGGAAAAGAAGCUAUGGAGAGUUUUGAAAUUAUGGAGAAAGAAGGGCACGAGCCGAACCGGGUCACGUUCUUGAGCAUUGUAAGUGCUUGCAGCCAUGGAGGACUGGUUGAGGAAGGUUUAGAGUUUUUCGAAAAGAUGGUUGCUGAGUAUCAGAUUAAGCCAGAUAUCAUGCACUAUGGGAGUUUAAUUGACAUGUUGGGAAGAGCUGGGAGGAUAGAAGAAGCUGAAAAAAUAGCUUUGGAGAUACCUAAGGAGAUUGCCAGUGUUGUUAUUUGGAGAACGCUUUUAGGUGCUUGUAGUUUUCAUGGUAAUGUAUCAAUGGCCGAGAGAGUAACACAGAGGAUAUUGAACAUGGAGGGAGCAUAUGGAGGUGAUUAUGUGCUCAUGUCUAACAUUUUUGCUGCAGCUGGAAAAUAUGGAGAUGCUGAGAGAUGGAGAAGAUUGAUGGAUUCUAGCAAAUUCUCCAAAAUUCCAGGACAGAGCCUGGUCUAAAGUUGAUACAUUUGUUGGGAGAAGAAGAUUAAGCUAUAAACUUCACUAAUUCUAGUGGAGUUCACCUUGCUAUGUUAUUUCAGUUUUGAGUAAGAACUGAAGCAUAUAGAUUUUCUUCUAGUGGUCAAUUUGGGUUUGGCAAGGAGUUUUGAUAUGAAUGAGGCUGUAUUGUGAUACAGGAAGCCGGAUUAUCGAGGAAUCUAUGAAUCAGUAUGAAAAUGGAUCUGCUACAAGCACGGAACGGACCUCUUGGACUUGAAAAAUUAUUGGUUAUACAAUUAGCCUAUUACAUGAAUUAUGGAUGAAGGUUUAAUUUACUAUACAAGCCGAUAUAUUCUCCACGAACACACCUGCAAAAAGGAGGAGAGUGAGAAGACUUAAAAAUUAAGCAACAUUGCAAGGCUCGCCGAACACUUGGUUCGAAAUAGAGUAGAAGCACAUAGAGGCUGGCUAAGGAAGGAAUGAAGGUGUACAAGUAAUAUACUGUCAAAAUAGAUUGUAUUUGUGAUGCAUGGAGCAAGAUCUUUCGAGGAGCACCUUGAUAAGGUAGAAGAGAGCCAAGAAGAAGAAGAAGAAGAAAAAGAUGAAGAUGCAGACCUGAACAUGGAAUCGAUCAAUCAGAAAGGUCUUGAGAAAAAAGAUGACCAUGAAGACGGUGAAGGAAAGGAAUGCAUGACUGGAAGUGGGAACCAAAUUUCUGGAAGGCCAGAUGGUGGUCGAACUACAUUGACCAAACUAGAAACACCUCCUCCUACCCAAACAUGAGAUGGAGAGCGAUCAUCGUAUAAGGUAAAUUAAAAAAUCGAUUAUACUACAACAUGUUGAAACAGUGUAGAAUACAUCUUUAAAACUAAAAUGUGUACAUAACUGUAAUAGGCCACAUAGGAAGCUGAUGAAGAAAUAAACUGGCUAAUCAUGUCAAUUGAUGGGAAAAUUAUAUAUGAUUAAAUCAAGAAAAAAGAAGAAGACAUAAUAAAAAUGGUAUAGUAUCGAAUGAUUAGAAUACAUUUGUAUAGUGAAUGAUUAAUACUUUAAGGAUUAUGGAUAAUUGUUAAGUGUAUUUGAUACUUUCCUUGCAUGAAAUAGGUUAUACUGUCAUUAAUGAUAUGUAUAUAUUUUUGUUGGGAAAGAAGUGUAUCUGUUUAUUAACAUCAAUGACUAGAAAUUUCAACAAA